AUGACAUAAGACAUUUCAAAAGAAGUUCUUGCACUUUCAAUUCAUGUUGUAGCAGCUGCUUCCUAAAUUACAAUUUAAACUCAAUAAAGAAUAACAUUAGUUACAAAUAGUGUUUUAGACACUGUAGACUAAACUUUUAAGAUAAUAAAUUAAAUAAUAAUGCAAUCUCAAAAAUAGUCUCAAUUAGAUUCUGUUAUAGAAGAGAUUGAUGAUGAAUAUUAUAAAGAUUCAAAAACAAAAGAAUGCUAUAUUGAUUAAUAAAAAAAUGGAAUUUAAAUUGAAAGAUUAGAUUUAAUUAAAAUUGAAAAUUCUUUUUUCUAAGAAAAUUGCAAUCCAAACCUAUCAAUCAAAUCUAUAAAUUCAAGUUUAUUGAGUGUUUAAAAAUCUAAAAGCAAUAAUUAAAUAUUAGAAGAGCAUCAAUCUAUUUAAAAUAUCUAAAAUGAUUUUCAAAUGGAGAAGAAAAAAUAAUCAAUUCUUUCUUAAGAGUUAUCAUAAAUUAAAAUUGAUAAAGUAAAAGAAGAACAAGAAUAAAAAGAAUUAAUGUACUAGAUUGAAUAAGUCGAUCCAUAAGAAUUAAUUACAAAAUUGAAAUCUAUAGAAAUGUGUGAUAUAAUUUAAUAAGAUAAUACAAAUCAAAUAGAAUCUAUAAUUAAUUUCAAUGAACCAUUUAAUGAUGAAUAAAGAAAAAAAUCAUCUAUAAAAAAAUCAGAAUGGUAUAAUAGUUCAUCAGUUUAAUAUAAAGCUACUUCUUAUAAUACUAAUGAAUCAUCUAAUUUAGAUCAUCAUUCUUAUAAAUGGAAAAGUAGUAGUAUCGAAGAUGAAAAUUUAUUAUAAGAUUUUUAAUUUUAAUCUUCUGUUUUUGAUUUUCCAUUUCCAGAAGAUUUUUGUACUAAUAGUAUGAAUGUUCAAUAAAAUUUUUAACAUUUAGAAAACUAAAAUUAAUUUACUCCUAAAAAGAAGAGGUUAUUUUGUAAUAAUAAAAAGAUUCCUCAUUGGGCUGAAAAUCUACAGGUAAAAAUUUUCAUUAUUUUUAAGAUAGUUUAAUAAUAUUAAUCCUAAUAAUAGCAUUUAUCAUAAUAUUAAAUCUUUGGUGUGAUGAAGAAUAAAGUUUUAGAAAUUGCAAAAUAGUUUUCUGAAAAUAGAUAUUAAAGAAGAGGAAGUUCAGCUAAAUGGUAAAUUUCAAAUUAGAAUUUUUAAUAUAUGCAACAUUAGAUGAAAAAACUAUAAUAAAUUUAAGAUGAAAAUAUUUUAAAAUUGUAGCAACAUUAAAUUGAUGUAAUAAUGUACUAAUUAUAAAAGUCUGCAUAAAAAAAUUAAGGCUUAUUUGCUAAAGCAUAAUAUUUUUUAACUAGUAUAAAAAAAAAGAUCCUCAACUCAUUUGAGAAAGAUUCAAAAUAUAAGAUAUGA